CAUUUUCCAUAACAAAUUUUUAGAAAACAUUAUUAACAGUUAUGUUGUGUUAUUUCAGGAAGUAAUAAUCCAUCAUUUUAUAUAGGUAAUUCAUUCCCCAUCUUAUUAUUUAUUAAUUUCCUAUUUUUUUAAAAGUAAAACCAUAUCUAAUCUCUGUUGAGCCUCUUCAGUUCAGUCAAUCAUCUAGGCAUUUUUUUUCUUUGGUGGAAAUCUGCUAACUAUUAAAUUAGUAACUGAUCUAGAACAAUUAGAUAAUUAAAUUAAUGAUAAAUUAACUUAUUUUAGCAUCUUUAUUUCCAACCCCCAUACUUUUACCAUUUACUUUAUGGUAGCAUAGUUAAUUAUUAAAACGAAUAAUGAUAGAAAAUCUAUAUAAUAUAUAUAAAUAUAAUAUAUAAUUUAAUAAAUAAUUCAUUAACUUAUACUUAAUAAAAGAAAGGGGUACAAUUCUUUUUUUUUUUAAAUUAUAAAAACUAAAUCAUAUAAAUGGUACAUUUUGAGUUAACAUUAUUAUGGGUUUUGCCAAUAGUUUUCUCACUCUUAGCGCAGUGACGUCACAUUCAUUGGGGAAUCCCAACAGUGGACUUGGGGUGAAUAGAUCUAUUCUUUGAAGGACCCGAACGAUGUGUUAUAACUUUCCUGUUCUUUAUUGAGCAUUACUCGCAUCAUAAACGAUACGGUUAAUAUAAAGUACAUUGAAAUUAAAUUUUACAUUAAUUUGUAUCAAAAUUCAACUUACACGUUUCAAAAGAAAGGAAAAAAGAAACACAUCCUGGCUGAUACCCCAAGACCUAACACCAGUGGGAAAAAAAGACGCCUGCCAAAAUUUCUGUAUUUUGAUUAGUUAAAAAUACCAGUAUGUUGAAACUUAGGUAACAAAAGUACUACUGCUUAAAUUGCAUUUGGAAUGAUCUUCUAGAAAAUGGGGAUGGGAGACCCUCCCCAAACCCCUCCCCUUGCUUUAAAUACCAAAAUAAGAAACAUAAAAAUUGUCUGGGGAGGGGUCUCCCCUCCCCAGUACCCCGUCCCAAUUUAACAAAAAAUUUAAAAUAAAACUAUAACUUGCAUUAUGUAAAUACAAACAUCGAAAUCUUUUUAGCAUGGCACUGUAGACGGCGCUGUAGUGGAAAUGGACCUGGGGAAACCUCCGUGACCUAUAUUCCGUGGAACACAUCGUCGGCCUUAACGCUAACUUAAAACCAGCCCAUAUAAAUAUAAUAAAGGCCCCUGCAUGGGUGAAUGGAUCUAGACCUAACUUAGUACACAUACAAUUGAUUACCCAUAUUCAAAUACUGACGGGUACUGUAUAACUUAUAACAAUAUUGACAAAAUGGUGUUUAGUAUAAGUGUUAGGAUAAGUGUGUUACAAUCCAGUUUGAAACUCCUCCAACGACAUGAUAUAUUUAUGAUAAAAUAACUUGAACUUAUUUACGUUUAACCUAAAUAAUUUACUAAUAAAAAUAAUAUAAAUGUAAUUUCUUGCUUACUUUUUGUGACCAUGCCUUGAGUCUUGAGUUUGAAUAUUUUUUUUAGCAUACCAACUUUUAGGUGAACAAAUCUGGCAUAUAGGGUGAAAAAAAUAUGUUCCAUUUGUGGCUUUUCAAAGACGUUUUAGACAUCAAAUAAAUAGAAAACCUAGUGUUGAACUCGUUGUACAAUUUAGUGUUAGUUAACAUUACUGCGUGGAGUUAAUUUAAGAAAGAAUACAAGUAAGUUUACAUGUUUACAUGCAAAAAUACAAAAUUUGUUAAGAUAGUAUAUGCACUAGAACUGCACUUUUACCCAAAAGGGUUUUCUCCAAAGAAAAUUUUUAAUUUAAAUUAUUAUUAGGCUUGGCCUAAUAUAUGCAAUCAGUCCAUAUUGACAGUGUUUCUCUCAGAAUAUUAGAUAAUCUAUUAGGUCCCACAGACUAUAAUCUUAGACCAACAUUAUAUGUCUGAAAGAUAAUAAUUGAAGGACUGCAUUCAAGUUGUGUAAAAGAAAUAUAAGAACAAUGUAUGCCAAACUUGAAUUCACAAACAGGACAAACGAUUUUGACGUUUUGGCUUAGAGCCUUUUUCAAAAAACAAGAUAAGAAGAAGUGUAACAAGUAUCAGAUAAGACUAAAAAAUUUAGAGAUUUCCUUUUGUUGCCAGAAGUAGGAUUACAGGAAGUGAAAGAAUAUAAAUAUUGGUACUGUGAAAAAUAAGAUAGAGAAAUGACAUUUUUCUUUGUUCAGUAGAUUUAUUUUAUGAAGUGACUGGCUGGGACAAGCUGAGAUCCAGGAAUAAUUAUGGCUUCUGAGGGCUUAAUUUUUUAUUGUGGUGAUACAUGUGAGCAAUAAAUUCAACACUUCCUGUUUCCGCGGGUUUGUGGGCAAUACUCACCAGAUUUCAACUUAAUUUCUUUCGAAUUAGCUAAUAAAUUAUAAAUGUUUGUAAUUGAGUUGCACAGUAUUUUGAGGCAAGGGGGUGAUUGCAGGUCAUCAGCAUGUGUUCAUCUCAGGCUCAGUUUUGCACUUAGCACUAAGUUUUUUAAUACUGGCAGUUAAAUUAUAAUUUAUUUGAAACAAAGAUGUCAACUUUAAUGAAAUUAACCUGAGUGAAUAUCAUUAUUACCGAUAGUAGGGCUAUUCACUUGACAUCUGCACAUUUGAGAGUAAUUUUUUUUCAUUGUUAAUUAUUGUAAUGAUGAUCCCAUUAUUUUGCUUAAAAGGCACCUAUUUUAAAACAUGACAGCAUAAAUUAACAAUUAGUGUUAAAGAGGCAUUUUUUACCAAUAAUAAAUUAACAGCGGUAUUAUGUAAAAAUGAAAUUAACAGAUUAGGGUCUCAAAAUGAGGGGAUGCAGUCCUUACUAAUGCUACCGGUACAUUCUGAUUCAUAAGCAGAUCAUAAUAUUGGACAAACUAACUCACAUUUUCAUAUAUUUUUUAAAAUCCAUAACUUGAGAACGACUAUAGUUAGAUGAUGUUUGUUUAAUUUUAUUCUAUAAAACUGUAUAAUAUUUAUCAUCCAUUAUAUUGUUUUUCAAAAACUGGUAAAGCUACACUUAUCAGUAAUGGCAUAUGUGUGGAAAGAAGUAAUGUGCUCUAUCCGCAUUGGAUUACGCUAAAGGCAUAAUAUGUUUCACUGUUUGGGGCAUAUCUCGCCCUUCUUAAUAUCGACCAUUGUAUUAUUUAGCCCAGCCCACUAAUGUUAUAUAAAGAACAGAUCAUCAGUCACUUCAAAGGAGUUUAAUAUUUUUCAAAGAAAUUCUAAAUAUCAAGGCCAAGGUUUUCAUAUAAAUCUACUGUCUCCUCUAGAAAUUUCAUUGUUAUAAUUUUGGGUCAUUCAAAUAUCCUUACCCAAGUUAUCUUUAAAGGAUGCAUUAACUGAUGGUAGCAUUCUAAUUCUUGUUUUUAAAGUGGCAGCAAACAUCUGGGCACCCAUGUCUUUUGCUGGCAUCUAUUUAUAAAUGUAAAUAUUUUUAGAUUGGUAAGCCUAUCAGAUUUAAAUGGAAAGAGAACAAAUACUAUUUUGUAAAAAAUGUGUUAGUAGAUAAUCGAAUUGAUUUAGUAUAUUUUUCUCUCGUAGUUUUGGGAAAUUUUUUAUCUGUUCCCAAAUACACAGUAGUUCAAAUUUUUGAUUUAGAAUUAAAAAAGUAAGCAAUUAAUAUAUUAAUAAUAAUAUAUUAAUUAAUAUUCGCUGAGAAUUGUAAAGCAUCACUUUUUUGUAUUUAUAAGCCUAUAUUCGGCUGGAAACUUUAAAUGUGAAUUUGACCUGUGGAAUUUGAGUGAUUGUUCUUUUGUUUUAAAAAAUCCAAACGGAUAGCAUAAAUAAAUUCACUGGGGUAUACAAUCACUGAUAGCAUAAAUAUAUUCAGUGGGGUACGCAAUCCCUGAUAGCAUAAAUAAAUUCAUUAGGGUACACAAUAAAUUAUAGCAUAAAUAAAUUCAUUAGGGUACACAAUCAAUGAUAGCAUAAAUAAAGGCAGUGAAGUACACAAUCGCUGAUAGCAUAAAUAAAAUCAAUGGUGUACACAAUUGCUGAUUGCAUAAAUAAAUUCAGUGGGGUACACAAUCACUAACAGCAUAAAUAAAUUCAAUAAGGUACGCAAUCCCUGAUAGCAUAAAUAAAUUCAUUAGGGUACACAAUCAAUUAUAGCAUAAAUAAAUUCAUAAAGUCCACAAUCACUAACAGCAUAAAUAAAAUCAAUGGUGUACACAAUCGCUGAUUGCAUAAAUAAAUUCAGUGGGGUACACGAUCACUGACAGCACAAAUAAAUUCACAAUAUUUAAUCACGUCAUUUUGUAGUGUAAAAUAAAUGCAGUUUUUGUUAUUUGGUAUUGAGAACUAAUCCAGACAUUUGACAUAAGUGCAAAUACGUUAGGAAAAGCAAAUGAGAAAUGCACGGUAGGGUAAAGCCCAAAAUAGAAGAGCGAUUGUUGGGGUAUAUUGUUUGCCGAAAAAUAUACUCCAACAUUAAAAAUGAGAAGUGAAAAAUAAAAGUGCUGAUUAAUUUUUAAAAAGUGAUGCAAUUUUCAAAAGGUGAUUAUUUAAAUUUUCUGCUUUUGUGUUCGUUUUUUUCCAUUCAUGUGUACAGAAUUUCGGGGAGUUUUGUAUGGAGUUUUGAUCCUGCAUGUUGGCGUAACAGCAGUUUUUGUCACAUCCUUGUUAGUAAAAAUUUUCUUCCCAUUAUUCAGGGCCAGUUUCUAGAUUUAUUCUUUGUUUUUGGUGACUUCUGACUGAAAAUGACUUAAUGUUUUUUUUAAUUUACAUUACAAUACAAACUCAGCAUUUGGAAAUUAUGGAAAAAAGCAGCUUUCAGAAAUCUUUACUUUGCAGAAAAUUAAUUGUAUUUAAUUUUCUUUUAUAGAUAUAUAUUUAGAUCAGAUGAUAUUAAAGUUAAGAUGUGGCCAAUGCUUCUUGACUACACCAAGGAUGAGUCCAAGCGCAUCCUGCGGCGGUUGGAACUGGAAGCAUACGCAUCAAUUAUUUCAGUGUUCCGUGCUCAAGGAGAUCUAUCAAAAGAUAAGAAAAAAUUACUGCAGGAUCUUCAAAAAACAUUAAGGUAAUGCCAGUUUUAAAAUAAAAUAGUUAUUUCCACCCGUGUUAUGUCUUAAACAGCAAAGAUUAAUGAUUGUGAUGAAAAUUGGCUUAUUUCAAAAAAAACAACUUAUUUUAAAGGCCAUAUCAGUUAUUUUUAGAACAAAGAGUAAAUAUUAUUUCAAUUUCCCAAGAGUUUAUGCAUUUUAUUCUCUUAGCAUCUCUACUGAGCGGCACAGGGCUGAAGUACGACGCGCUAUUAAUGAUGAAAAGUUGGCGACCAUUGCUGACAAGUAAGAUCAUGUUCUAGGGCAUAACUGUUCAACAAUUUUCUGCAUAUUCUCUAUUCUGGAUUUUGGUAAUGCAUUUUUAUAGUUCAGUCUAAUUAUUAUUGUUUUCUGAAGAUUUUUGUAAAGAUUUUUGCCUCAUGCUAACUAUUUCAGUUCACUUAAAAAUGUUUAUUUUCAUUUUCUAGUAUUGCCGGUACUAUAAGUACAGCAGAGUGGACUAUUGAGGGUCGUCGACUUGUCCCCCUUAUGCCAAGGCUGGUGCCACAAACAGCAUUCACUGCCACAGCAAAUCAGGCUGCCAGUGCUAUGAUGGAGAAGAACGCAUCUCUACCACCACCUUCUCAGACUUCAAAUAAAGAUGGUAAGUUAUAACAGAAAGGAAUUAACAUCAGCAACUGCAUUCCUGAUUGUGUAUAUUCAUUACAUCCAUUAUUUUAGUAUAAAGUUAUUAGAAUUUUAAUAUCUCAGCAUAAAUGUAGUAUAUUCUUUUUUAUUCAACUUUUUUUUCUUAAAAAAAACAACAGGUCCCCCAGCAAUACUGCCCAAACUUCCUAGACCAUCUAGUCCAUCAUCUAAUGUUGUUGUGCUUCCAAGUGGUACAUCUAUUCAUAUCAAAGGUAUAUAAGAUUAUGUCUAUCAUUAAAUAAUGUUAUAUGGCAUUGUUUUACAAUUCAAUUUGUCAACAGACGGCGCUAAAUUUUUUCAAAGCACCCACCAAAUUUCACCAUUUAUUAUAUUGUUUUCAAUAAGGAAUGCUAAGUCAGGAUGAUGAUGAAGAUCUAAGCAUGCCCUCAAGGCGCAGCAGUCAUCGUAGUCUUUCUACAGACAGCAACAGUGCAGCAUCUGUCUCAACACAAACACCACGCAUCACAUACACAACAGCAUCAAGCACUCUGCCCGGCUCUUCGCCUGUUAAAAUAACCAUUAGCAAAAGUCCUCAGGGCCGGCCUGUCACCGUGCAGUCUACCUCACAGCCUCCAAAGGUAAAAUAUUUGUUUGCUUUAACAUAAAUGAAAAUUAACUCUCCCAUAAUGUGACAAGUUUUCUUAUUUUUGGAAGAUUUGGAUUUUAAUCUGGUUCAACUCCACAGGAAUGCAAUUUGAACGAAUUUAUUAAGGCCUUUUUAAACAUUUAAGAGUUGUAUAAUUUACAAUUGCUUGCUAUAAAUUAUUGUAUUAAUGCUGAGAAGCAACAUAUAAAUGAAUUAAUACAAAAAUAUAUCUUUCCAAAGGUCAUCUUAGUGACAAGUGCAGGUCCAGUAUCAACAGUAAUCCAGCGCUCCAUGUCGUCUGUUCCUAUAGUAAGGACCCCACCUACCACAUUGACCACUUAUGGAGGUACUAGUCUACCCAGAUCUUCAGUGCUGAUUCCAGGUGGAACUACACAAUCUGUAGCUCAAGUGGUUUCAGCAUAUCCUGGUGUUAUAACAUCUACAUCAGGCACCAGUUUGGUCUCAACAACUGGUAAGGUUCCUGGCAAAAGAAUUCAGGCACUUUAUUUUUUAUAUAUUUAUACGACAUAGCUGUUUUACAUAAUUUUAACAUUUAUUUUAAUGAAACCGAAGCUUGCAAAUGACAUUAUGUUUAUUUACACUUCUCAAAAAUAUAUCAGUCAAUCAUGAUUAAAUUAUUUGCUACAUCGAAAGCAAAGCUAGUGUUAGUUACAUUUUCUGUUUCAUCGCAGAUUUUUGGCUUUAUUUUAUAAUUGUAAUGUUUUGGAUGCUUUUGGUAAAAUGGUCAAAGUUUAUUAAAAGCACUUAGUCAACAGUAUUUUUUGCAUGUGUGUUGUUUAUAGGAUUUGGUUUGCUUGUCGUUCUACCACUUCUGACAAGCAUUAAAACAUUUUUUUUUAGUUACAAUGCCAACAUCAACUAUAAGCUCAUCCUCCCCUGCAAUGUUCAGUCCAUCUGUUCAGAUAGGCUUGGGAAAAGUUCGUCCUAGAAUUGUGCCUAGACAGCGGUACCCAGCCAUGAUUGUAAGAGAUUGAAAUUCCAUUUUUUUCUGUGUUUACAAGUGCUGAUACUUUUGCUGUUCAGCUUAGUAGUAAAACUCAAAAUUUUACAUCCUCUAUUUUACCUCCUCUGUUGCUGCUAAAGUCCUUUCUCAAAGGAUCAUUGGCCAUUUUCAUUUUAUAUGUUACUAUUUCUUACUUUUAGUAAAGUCUUUCUGAUUUCUCUUUCAGCCCCAACCAAAGCCUGGGGUGGUAAUUCCAAUGGGCCCACAACUUGUCACACCUCACAAUAUUUCUGCCGGAAUCCAGGUGUCUCAGUCUCAACAUGCAACAUCACAAGGUAGUAUCCAGAUGACACCAUCCCAACUUACCAACAGCGGUAUUCAAGUCAAAACCCUCAGCAAACCAACCAUUCAGAUAAAGCAAGAAGGUAAUGCAUUAUAUUUGUUAUUCUAUGGCAGCUAAACACAAUCUGUAUACCUAUAGCAGUAAGGAAUUUUUAACCCUUUACAGUCCGAUGCGCCCGAAAUGCGCAGAUUUUUUCCUUAAGCCUACAGACCAUUACAGCCAAACUGCCCGUUUUGAGGUUGUUUACUUUCGUUCUUAGCACAGCGGAAAUCCAUUGCGCAUUACUAUUUAUAAUUCUACAGGAAGAAAGCCUCCUUGUUUGAUGUAUUUUGAUACUAGUUUGAACGCCGUGUGUUUAAGGGUUCAUUUUCUAAGAUUUUUUUAAAAGUUGCGAUUUUUUUUCACUGUAAAAAAUGGCUUUUUUAAGCCUUGUAUACAAUUUUGAAAGAACUUAGGCCUAGUAAGGCUUCACUAUUUCAUGAGUCUAGCUGUGAUAGUGAAGAAUCUGAUAAAAACAUUAAUUUAAAUGACGCUACUAGUGACAGUGAUUCAAGUGAAGAAGAUAAUAGUAAUAGUAGAGACAUCGAUGACAAUGGACCUAUCAAUUCCACUCCAACUGAUCAGCAAGAUCGUGAGUGGUCUAGGAAUGUUUCACAAAUCAAAGUGGGAGGGUCCCCGAAACUGUUUUUAGGUGCAACUUUUGCUUAAAUCAUUUCUUUGUAUUUAGGUAUUUUUAAUUUUAUUUUGUUGCUUCUAGUUUAUUUUCUGUAAAUUAAUUAGAUACAGAACCUUCAUUUAAAAUGGAGUUAUGUUCCCUUGCUUGGGGGCUGGGAGUAGAAAAGGCUGAAUAGGCUUGGACUGUAAAGGGUUAAGCUAAAUUACAUCUUAAUUUUUUUUUAAACUCCAAGAUACGAAGGCUGUCAAUUCUAUUCAUGUUGCUCCACAAAAAACUUACCGAAACAAUUUUUUUGGCAUUUUUUUAAAAAAUAAAUAUUUUCUUUUGCCCUCGCUUUCGAGGUGUUUACAACUGGUAAUAAUUUAUAAAUAUUUUAAACAUUGUUUUCUCUUAAGUUAUUUUUGAAAAAUCCUUAAAGAAACAUAUUUUUGUACUUAACAGAAAUAUGUCUUCUUUCUUAGGUGUCAAAAUCAUCACUCAAAGUGGCACAAGCAAAAUCCUACCUAAGCCAACACAAAUCACUGGUGCAGGGGGUACACCGGUCGUGAUGGUCAAUGCUGGUCAGUCUGCUACAGGGGGAGCAUCUGGUGUCACUAUGCUGCCAAGAUCUAUCUCAUCUUACACAGGUUGGUUUUUUGGUUUAAUAAAUGUUUUAGAUGACCGAACAACUUUUUUGAGGCAACUCUUUAAAGCACAAUAUAAUUACAGAAAUAGAUAAAUAAUAUCAAAAUCCUUGUCGUAAUACUUGCAAUAGGAUUUUUUCCAGUUUUUAGAUUAAAAUAAGACAUCUUAUUAAUUUAUUUCUCUAGCUCAUUCUGGAGGUAAAGUGUUAAACAUUACAACACCUGGUGGUAGGGUAAUAGCCACGACUACCAAGGCAACCAAUGUUGUUACUGUUAGCCCAAAGACUCUUCAUUUAACAGCAGUCAAAACAGGCUCUGGAAGCACAACUGGUCAGUGAAUUUUUUUAAAAAGAUAAUUUAUUUUCAUUUUUGGGUGCAGUUACACACUGCGACGUUUGUUUUAUAAUUCAUUUAUUGCACCAAAUUUGGCAUUCAUGAAUAACAGAAACUUUGUUCAGGGUUUCAUUUAAAUACAUUAAAACAGGUUGGAAAUAAUCUCAGUGUCAGAGUCUGGUAUUGUCAUUAUGUUUAUACAUUUUUUUGUCCAUUUUAUGAUUAGUUUUAUGUAUAUAUAUUUUAUUUUCUAAAUGUUAUUGUGGCAUUCUCCUUUUCAAAUAUCUUAUUCUGCCACCAUAUUGAAAUGUACAUUAUCUUACAUUUAAAAAAAAAAAUAUACUUCUGGAAAUUUGUACUAAAAUGGUGUUUAACUCAUUCCCCCUCUGGCAGUGCUACUUCCAUACUUAAUUUAUUUUCCUGAGAUAAGGGAAGCAACUCAGUUUUGAAAUUGGUUUACAUUUUUAGAAUAUUUUUUAAAGCUGCUAAAUAUUAAUAAAUGUUAAAUGAAUUAUGGACAAAUGCAUCAAAAAAUGAAUAAGGUUUAAUAAAAAUAUAACAUUAGCGGUGAAAAAAUAAUGAACAAUGGCUAAAAAAUCGAUUUUUGGCACCUCGCACGAACACAUGCUAGAUAUAGACGUGCCGUACUAAAGCACACGUAGUUUUAAAGUGAAACAAGAUAAAAACUUUCGGUUUUAAAAUUAAAAUCAUGACAUGGCCGGAAGUCUCAAGGUACACGAGAUUUCAUUGCUAUUUUUAACUAAAUAUAAGAGAGGUGUGUUGCUAUGCGCCGGGACGCAUUUGGGCGCAUCCGUCGAAACCCUCAAAAUACGCAUUUAGUCACAACCGUCGGGAUUGAGUUAAUUCUUUCACAUUUUGUUAAAUUCAUUCCUCAUAUUUUACAACUAAUUCUUUUGCAUCCUAGUAUUUGAAGAGUAACACGUUUCUUGUAUGAUUUUUAUCUACUAGUAUCUAAACCUAAUGUCAUAGUGGUGCAGAAGACACAGCACCCACGAUUUCAGAGUCCCUUAACACAGGGAGGUACAAACAUUAGAACAAUAACUACCUCUACUUUGCCUGGAGCAAUUGACAAGGUAAAAGACUGGUAGCAGCUUCAGAUUGUGCUGCCUUUUAUUUUGAUUAUACAUAUUUUUUAAAAGAUUUAUUUUCUUUAUCUUUCAUGACAGAAUUGUUGUUAGUUUUAUCAAACUUUGUCCAGCACCAUUUAAAGUUAACAGAUUUCACAUGAUAUCAGACCUGUUUACUCUUACAAUUUUGGCGUACAAUGUACGAUUUUGAGGUGUAUACAUUAUAUAUACUGUAUGUAUAUUUUUUACUAUUAAGUUAAUGUAUUGAACGAUUUUGUGAUGAUAUUGUAUGAUUUUAAGAGUUUAUGGGUAAACAGGUCUGUGAUAUAAAAAAAAAAGAAGAUGUAUUGGGCUUCCAAAAACUCAUACAAGAGCUAUCUUAAAAAAACGUGAUUGCCAUAUUUCAGGAUUGGGUUGUUAAUCCCCUGCUCCAUAAUAUAUAGAAAGAAAGGUACACCACAUAAAAAUGUUCAUUAAAACAAAAUAUUGAAUAAAAUAUUUGUCUUCCUGUUCAAGCUUUUUUCCCAAUCCAUGCAGGAUCUCAUGGGCCUGGUUCACAAAGAUGCUCAAGGUCGACAUGUACUCACCGCCUCCACACAGUCUGUCACCACAACGAGCACCGGGAGGGGAGGGGAGAGGAGGGUCAUCAUCACAACAAGUAGUGGUAGUGGGGAGGCUAAGCAAGUACGGGUAACUAACAAAACUGAAUGUGAUUGUGAUUAUUGUAAUAUCCUUCACACUCUUCUGUACUCCGAUUUACAUUGCCACGUGAUGCAUGAUACCCGAGUAUCAUUCCAUGCACUGGAAUGAUUUCAACAACCAAAGGAUGGUAAGGAGUAAAUUAAAAUGCUAUUAAACAUAAAAUUUAACUGAGGUGCUAGCUAAUCUUAAUAUGGGGGUAUUUGUUUUUUCUAACAUGAAUUAUUUUUCGUUACAGGAAUAUUUAUCGCCCGUAACAGAACUGAGGGAUGUUUUAUUUUAACUAUCCUUUAGUUAUUUUUAAUGAAAUAGCUUAUUGAAUUUAUUGGCCUUUUUUAUUUAUUUAAAUUUUUGUUUAAACAGUUUACUUUAUGUGGUAAUGACAGAUAUGAUCUGCACACAUAAAUGAAAUAUUUUGGUCGCUUAUAAUAUAUAUUUUAAUUUGGACUAACUUUCUUAUUUGCUAUUGUUAAUGUUUUAAAGCAUGUUUUGGAAUCGAAUACAUUUUGAAAAUAAAAUUGCAAAAAAAGAAGUAAUAUUAUUAUAAUUUUGUAAUGUCACUGCAAUUUCUAUUGUUUAAUUCGAAUUAAGAAAUUAAAACGUUUAGGUCUUGAAGCAAUGUGAAUAUUAAUCAUAAGACAAACUAUAAAAGGAUUCAGUAAAAGUCACAGUGUAUUUAAAUCCACUUUUUAAAAUCAUAAAUAACUUCAUUUACAUUGUGGGUGUACUGAACACUUCUAUCUUUUUAUUUUUUAAACAAAUUUCCUUUGAAAUAUUUCUCUUUUAUAGUGAUGUCACACUUUCUGUUUUCAGCCAAUCUCAAUUAUUCAUCGCGGCCGGGCAGACAGUGAUGGUAAAACAUCCUCCUUACUAGCUGAAUUGAUACAGGCCGUUGCAAUCCCACCUGAUGGAGUGGCAGUUGAAACCAAUGGUUGGUGUUUAGUUGUUUCAAGACUUUAAACCAUUUUAGAGUUUUUUAUGUAACUUCAUAAUAUAACCUUUAAAACUAAAGUUAUGAAUAACAAUCACUGUAAACAAAUAUGAAAUCAUUAAAAAAAAUUUUUUACUGAGAUCUUUGGGAAUUAGAAACCUUGAGUAUAAAAGCUUCCAAAGGGUUCUGAAUAAAUUGUUAAAUUUUAUAAUUACGGGGCUGUCUGCACACAAAUUUUCAAUUAAAGGAAUGGAUUUAAUCAACAGCUAUGUUACAGUGGCUAGAGUAGUUUCGGGAGGAAAGCAAAUGCUUGUAAAAUGUUCAGUUGCUUUUACAAUUAUCUGACCCAUCAUUUUUUUUUUUUUACUUUCAAUUUAGCUCAGGGAACUGAUCCUUAUGAUUUUGAUACCACUGAAGGGCCACCUCAAACAGUAUCUGCUGUUAGUCUUUCUACAUCAACACCAUUCAGACAGUCCCAACCACAGCAGUUCACACGCCUGCCCAUACAGAGGCGGGCAGCACCCCAGGAGGUAGUUGAUACCGUGGAGGAGGAGGCAUUUAGUUUUGGUAUCCAUACUGAUGACAGGUGAGCUUAUCUCUGUAAUAGUUUGUUGUGUCUUUGAACCAUUGUCACUGGAUAUUCAAGAGUUUAAUGCCAUAAGUGGCACAGUAAUUAAAUAUUUUUGAAAAUUAAUUUUGCUUAAAAGGAGAAAAAAAAGCUAAGCUGUUGUGCUUGAUUUUAUUUACAAUAAAUAUAUAUCAAUGAUUAUUCUGUAUAAUGAAUAGUGCCAAAUUUUUCCAAUCACAUUCUCCUCAUAUUUACAUUCCCUCAAUGUAUGAUAUUCUAUUUUGAGAAACCUAGUAAUACAGAAUGCACAAUUUAAUUUUAUUGCAAGUGUUUAAACUUUGUAUUUUUUUUUUGUGAAGGGGAAAUCAAGAAGCUGAUAUGGGAGGAACUGAGCAAGUUUUCACACUAGGUAAGUUAUUCUUGCAUUGGGAAGUAAAAUUGUACAACAUUCUAUCCAAAACUGUCAAUGAUCCGUUAAGUAAAUUGGUCAUAUGCUACCAAAUAAGUAUGGAAUAUUAUUUUUAAAAUUCUGGAACUUAAUAGACCUUUUACAGCCCAAUCAAAUUUAAAUAAAAACAUUAAUUACAGUUUCAUUUGUGUCAAUAACUAUUAUGUUUUUUGUGUUAAAUAUCAGAGAGCUUUAGAGUUUAAUUCCAACAAAUUUCCCAUAUAGAACAAGCGAUGUCAUUAUUGAACAAAGAAGUUGUGGAUCUUACAGAAUCUGAGCAGCCUCCUACAUCCACAACUUCACUUCUUCCAAGCAUACUCACUACAACAUCACUACUCCCAUCUAUCUCACAUUUACAUGGGCAACCCAAGGUAUGGUAUUGGUAAUUUAUGUUAAAAUAAGGGUGUUAGAUAUUUAUGGAUGUUUCCAUCUCACACACCUAACUCAGGAUGAACAGUUAUAAACAUGAAAUUGUGUUGUCAAUAAUGACAUGACUAAUCAGGCAACUUGUUAAUGUCAUGGCCAGGGCCCAUAUGUUCAUGUCCAUGUAAUGGUGGAUCAUGUCAAUUUGAUAUACAUUGGUCUCCAAACAAUUAUUUUUAAUCUUGAUGGAAGAUUUGUUGAACUAACUACCAAAAGAAUAUUCAGAUUCUAUUUCUCCAGAAAGUAUAUGCAUCAAAUUUUGUUUAGACUGCUUCUAGGCAAUAAUUUUGUGCACAAGUUUUAUGAAGAUAGACAUGAUCAGCAGGUAAUAUGCCUAAAACAAAGCAGCCAGCUAAUUUGCUUUUAAAUUUUACUCAAGUAACUUGCCAGAGGUAAAAGUAUUCUUUGUGCUCAAAACUUCAUAUAUAGACACAUGCAAUAAUUAUUUAAAACAGCUCUAUGAAGACUACUGGUCCAGCGUGCCCAAGUUCUUUGUUACCCAAACUCCUGGAUUUAGCGCUAUUGUGAAAAAGGAGUUGUUUUUUUAUCCCUGUGGACAUUACCUCUGAUGAUGAGAAACUGGCCCUGGGUAAAAGACUCAUGGAAUAGGUUUAGGCCCAUGCUGAAUAUGCUGCUGAUAAAAGACUAACUGAAUAGGUUUAGGCCCAUGCUGAAUAUGCUGCUGAUAAAAGACUAACUGAAUAGGUUUAGGCCCAUGCUGAAUAUGCUGCUGAUCAGAGACUAACUGAAUAGGUUUAGGCCCAUGCUGAAUAUGCUGCUGAUCAAAGACUAACUGAAUAGGUUUAGGCCCAUUCUGAAUAUGCUGCUGAUCAAAGACUAACUGAAUAGGUUUAGGCCCAUUCUGAAUAUGCUGCUUGUGAAGUUUUGACAAUUUAUGUGCACCAUCACAACAUUAAAAACCUUAGACAAGAAGCAGAUGAGGAUUUUUUAUUGUCCUUUUUUUUUUUUUGAGCAGGUGAGCAUACUGACAACAUCAAAAGGCUUUGGCAAUGAAAUUAACAAAGAAACAACUUCCACAGUUAAUUCAUCUGAAAUUAGCCUUGGUGGUGUCAUUGUCUCUCCAGGUGAAAGCUUUUUUAAUUUGAAAAAAAAAAUGUUUGCAUGGUCUAUGAGCAUUUAUUUGUUACCCCAAAUAAGGGACAUAAUUAAUGAUUAGGAUAACUAGGAACUAACGGUGUUCACAGAUUCUAUUAUUUGUAAUAUUUUUAUAUUAAAUUGAGAAGUCUUUUACUCUCAGUAGGGAUUUUUCCAUUGGUUAUUUGGGAGGAAAAAAUUAAAAUAGGCUCAAUAGUGACUGAACAUUAGAGUUGGAUUUUUGAAGAGCAAAACAAUGAAAGGAGUAUUGAACUUUUUAUGUCAGAAUGUCAUUAAUCUCCCGGAGUUUGAUUAAAGUGAGAUAAGUUUUUAAUUUGAAAUGAAUAAAUGUACUUGCACUCAACUACCAAACAGGGAUUGACAAUGUUUCAAGAGAUAUUCUAUAUAGUUAAUUUUUUUUUUAAAUUUAUUUUUUUAAAUUUACAAAGCCCAUUGAAACUUUGCUGCUUUGCUGUAAUAAAAUAUUAAAUCUCUCAAGAUAACCAACUACUGAGGUAAAAUAUUUAUUCUAUCAUUCAAGUAAACCAAGUACCAAAUGAAUGUUGGAUUAUUAGCAUUGUUUAUUUUCAGUAGGAUGUAAUCAUUUAUGCAUGCUUUGCAUCAUCAGACUGACUUCAAAUGCAGCAGUAUUUUCAGUUAGCUAAUCUUUCCUUUGUUUCAGAAGAAGGACUUAAAGAAGGCCAGCUGGAUACACAGACUGGGCUGUUUUACCAAGUCACUGCCAGCAACCCCCCACCAACUGACAGCUAUAACAGUCAAAGUUCCAAGAUGGGGCUUCCAUCGGCCACAUUUACUCCAAAUCAAACACAGACCCCCUCUUCAUCCAUGCAGGUCCAGCCGAGCUCAUCCACAUUACCAGCACCCUCAUUGGUACAAACAACGGCACUGACCUCUUCUUUAUCACUGACUCAGCCCCCGCUGGACCUUCUAAGCAGUUCUCUAGCAGAGGCUCAGAUUAACCUUGACUCUUAUAAUGAUGAAGAUGAGGAAGAAGAUUAUGGUGAUGAGGAGGACGAAGAGGAUCGAGACAGUGCUUACAAUGAUGUUCCCGUACAGUCCCCCGCAACUGGACAUUUAAUUAGUGACACGUCAGUAACUGCAAGGUCGGGUAUGGCAGAAGUCAUACGAGAAGAAACAGGUAGCUGCAAAAUAUUUUUAUGUUUCAGUAUGUCAGCAGUGAACUGAUGGUGUCAAGUCACUACUAAUUCUAUUAUAUGUGGUUGCAUUUUUUUUAAAAUUUGGAAGUCCUUUUUUAAUCAAUAGUUUCUGGCUUUUAGGCUGUAUAGCUUUGAAAAAAAUAAUUAUGCUGUAGUCAAUCUUUUUUUAAAAAAAAAACCAUAAUGUUAUUUUAAAGAUAGUUUAAAAGGGUUUUAUUACCAUAUAAAACUGUACGUUAUUUUUAACUCUUUCGCUGCGGAAUUUUUGUAUCGAAAAAAUGUACAUCUUUUUUCAAAGAGCGAAAAAUAGUGAGAAGUAGGGUUUAUGAAAAUUUGUACAAUAGUACUUUUUGGUUUAUAAGACUAAACUUGGUAUCAAAUGAAAGAUGAUUGAAUGGGCUAUAUGUAUGUAAAUUUAUUUCUUCAGUUUAAAUAAAAUAAGUAACAGAAAAGAACCAUAAAAUGUGAAACAUUUUAUGCUAAACUAAUUUUUCCCCAAAACCAUUCGUGUACGCAUACUCUCAUAUUCACUUCUAUAACUCAAAUCCUUUAAAACUACUACUAUCGGAAUCAUGCGAUGAAUCUUAAUAUAAAUCAUCUUCGCUAUCAAUAGAAAUAGUAUAAAAUAAUUCCAAAGCUUUUGAGCUGUUAAUUGUUUAGGAAACUUACUCAGCUACUAGGGCCUAGGGUGGCCAUUGCAAUAGUAGAAAAAAAAGAAAAUCAUUAAAAUGCUUCAAAUGAGAACAAAUAAACCUUGGUUUUGCUUAUAAACAAUGAAGUUCCACUCCUCUAGGUAAAAGUCUUAAUUAAAAAUAGCUCUUUAAAAAGUUUAACCGAGAAAUAGCAAAGAAACAACCAUAAUAUUGAAACAACUCUGAGAGCGGUGGUCGGUGCUUUUGAGAACGGCGGAUGAACACACUGUGCGUUGUGCCGCAGCGAAAGAGUUAAUAAGCAAACAUUUUCUGAUACGCUGUAUUCUUUUUUUUUCCUGCUCCAGCCAAAGAUGGCACAAGAAUUCUGACAGUAUCCAACCCUGCAUCAUCUCAGCAAGACUCCACAGUACCUCACAGCAACCUAUUGGUUUCUCUGCCAUCUCAACUCACCAGGUCUUCAUCAAUAUCAUCUUCUGUGUCAUCAGUUUCAUCAUCUCCAUCUUCGGCAUCUUUUAUUCCCAUGCAAGAAAUAACACGACCUCCUUUGAUUAAGGGACCAAGCAAUAUAAUAAGUGUUCUUUCCCAAGCACCUGUAAGUUCUAUUUUUAACACCUUGUGUUUUUUUUAGAAUGAAUGAUUAAAAAAAAAAUCUUGCCAUUGGCUUAUAAUAAAGCAUGUUUAUUUUCAUUCAGUGUUUGCACAUAUAAAGAAAUUUUAAAAUCUAUUAAUGAAUUUGGUUUCAAUUUUUUUUUUAGCCCGCUGCUACUCAUAAGCCAGUUCCACAACCCAGUGUCCUGCCUAUAGCAGUCAGUGUUGACCCUUCCCCUUCUGUCAUCACAUUUAAACUGGAUGACUUAACUAGUCAGAGUGUUGGAAUUGUGGAUGAACAAGUGAGAACCUUUCUUGUUUUACAUUAAUGCAGUUUGAGUCAAUUGCGGUUUUUAUUUUUAUAGUUGGAUUUUUAUUAAUAAUGAAUUUUUUAUAUUUUUUAAAAAAUCAAGAAAGUUGCAAAAUCUUUUUUGAUCAUUUUCUUACCAUCUGAUCAAUUUAGAACCUGAUGAAAAUGUAAAAGUUAGUGGAUGUAAUUAUAAGUUUGGUUUUUCUGGGUUAUCAUGAAGUGACUAAAUAUUCAAUAGAUGUAUUAAUUUUGUAAAAUGUAGAUUUUAAAUAAGCUCAAAUCUGGGAUGGUAAUAUGUAAUGUUCUGACCUCUUAGUGCUAAUAGUAAAAUUUAGAUAUGCUGUAAAAUUUGAAUUUUUACAGAUCCACUGAUCAUUUGAAAUGAUCAUAAUUAUUGAAGGAGGGACCUAAAUUAAUUUUUUUUUCUCACCUAAACGUUAUUGAAAAGUUUAAUUAAAACAUAGAUGAUAUAUUUGAAUUGUGCACAAAAUACUGUUAACAUAGUCAAUUUUGCAAUUUUAUUUCAGUUAAAUGCCUAUAUUGAAAAAAAGGGGAAAAAAAGAAACUUGUGAGGGAAUAUAGGCAAUGGCAAUAGAUCAGUCCACUCUUUACUGUAUUUUUAGAAUUGGAAAUUCAAAAACGCUUUAUACUACUUUAUGUUUUUGGUUUUUUACUUCUGGUUAUAAUAGGAUUACUAUUAUUAAAUUAAUUAUUAAAUGGCUCAUAAAUCGGAUACCAUAUCAAACAAAAAAACAUUUUUUGGUACCAAAUGAAAAUUUUACAAUUUUAUGAUCUUUUGAUACCAAGUUCAGUGAGAAGUAACCAGCAGCUUUAUAUCAAGAAAAACUACCCUUUGUUUCCAUAGUUUUCAUAUUAAUAUUACAAUUGUUAAAUUCUUUAAAUUUGGCUUAAGUUGGAAUCGCAGAAACAAUAAGUACCAGUAACGUAAAUUUUAUAUUUUUUUUCUCAUAAAAAAUAUAGCCCGGGACUUUUAAACUAAUAAAAACUUGGCACAGGCUAAACUAAAAAAAUCUUCAUUGAUAUAAAAAAAACAAGGUACCGGUAUUGGAAAACCCCUUAUUAUCUAUAGAAAACAGAAGGAUUGGGACCCAUUUUCGACAUGAUAGUGGCGUCCUUGGUAAUUGUAGAUUUGGCCCAAGGAAAAUCGUCAAUAGUGUGAACUGAGUACUUUUAAAGAUUUGUGGAUUAUAUCAUUCAAUUUAACUUGCAUAUUUCCAACAGGUCAAUGCCUCAGAAGGAGAGGCUGAGAAUAGUAGCUCAGCUCAGUCAGACACUGGUGACAAGCAUGACGGAUUGGCAGCACUGUCAGAGUCCUCUGUUAGUCUCCAACAAGAUGAUUUUGGAUCUAGUAUGUACUAUUUUAUUUUUUGUUAUGCUUUGAGUUUAAACAUAAGCUUAACAUAGACCUUACUGUGUGGAGAUCCUUUCACAUAAUUAUCCUGAGCAUAUUCAGAAAUAUUUUUUUUUCAAACUAAUUGUUGAAACCUAGAUGGAUUUGAUAUUUAGCUCUCUCUUGGCUCAGGGCUCAAUUGGAACUGUCAUAUUGGCUGUUAUCUUAAAAGAAGAAAGAUUAUCUUUAAAUUGUCUAGCUAAAAUUCACACUUGGUGGUGGCAUCCUGGAAUAUAUUAAAAAAAAGUGGGUGGGCCGGGGGCAACAACUUUACGGAAUAAAAAAAGGUUAAAACCUUGUCAUUGUUUUGAAUUGAAAAUCUGAUUAACUGAAUCAUACUGAGCGAUUUAAAAUAAUUGUUUUUAUAUUACUCUUGUAUUAUAAUGUUUGAUUAACUUUUAUUCUUAAUCUUAUUCUGCAUGAUUAAAUAAUUUUAUUGUUUCCGUAAGCUGCAGGCAGUGAUCUAGAAUCUCAGAGUGAUGGCCUCAUGUCUUCAGAUCCCUCUGGACUGUUGCGCAGCAGCAAACGUAAACGCAAACAUCCAUCUGGAUUAGAUGAACCGUCACAGGCUGCACCAGGAAGUUGGGUUAAAGCUGCAGCCAGGUAAGGUCUCUUGCUGAUUAUGUCAGAUUACUUCUUUUUCUGACUUAGAAUCGGACUCUGAUAUUAGUGAUCAGAGGAACAUUAAAAUAAAUGUUUAAUAUGAACACUCCCAGUUUAUGUUAUUCAUCAUUAAGCUAUAUUUUAAAUUGUGAGACUAGUAUUUAGUAAGUAAGCUGGGUCUAUGGAUUGGAAUACCACUUAAAAGAGUUUCUUUGCAGUUCAAAUUUUUUUAAACUCCUGUAUCUGAUAUGUGAACAUUCAAUUUCAAUGUUAUUUUUAAAUAAAAACCUAAGCCGGUUACAUUCAAUCUGAAAUCUGAUCCUCAUAUGAUCGGAAAUGGGAUAUAAAAUAACUGAAAAGUUUAAACCCCUCUGCUAUUUUCCUUUGAAAAGUAUGAUGUGUGGUAAACAACACGUUAACGCGUUAGUAUUAGUAUACUAAGAAAAUUAAAGUCAAUGAAAAUUGAAAACAAAUUUAUCUUUUUUUUUUUUUUUAAACAACAAAUUAGUAGAUUAAGAAACUUAUUUAUUUAUUUUUUGUUUUGUUUUUAGUUUGCUGAUGAAGGUUGCUAGGUUCAAGGGUUCCCCAAGAGAUAGAAAUGAAAUACCAGCUGCUGAAUGGUUUACCUUUCCAGGUACGAAAUGUCAUUUUGUCAUGUGAAAGAGAAUGACAGGCCUGAUAAAUUUAUUCUUAUUGUCUGCCAUUUCACAUUAUCAAACUCCAAACUAAAUGCAAAACUAUAUCCAGUCUGCCUCCAUGUUGUGGAUUUGUGAAGAAAUAUACAACCAUACAAAUACAAAAGAUGCACUCUAAAUGUGAACUGUUUCAAACUGGUCUUAACAAAAUUUAGUAACUUAUUAAUGAUGUCAUUCAUUUUUGUUGAGAUUAAAUUUAUUGUGAAGAGGUUAUUUGUUCAGAUCAAAUUUAGAUUUGUUUCUAAACAAUUAAGAUUUGUAUCUAAACACAAAUUGUUUGUUUAAAGUGGUUUAUGUUUGUCUAAAGUAGUACACUAACAUUUUCCUUCAGUGGACUCAAUAGAUGCACCCGAUUACUACACAGUGAUACAGAAUCCAAUGGACUUUUCAACCAUGCGCAAAAAACUUGAGGUAAAAGCUUUGGAUAAAUGCGUCGCUUAUAUGAGUCUGCCUUGUGGCCAGUUUUUGAUUUAUCUCCUUAGUCAUUGGAUUUUCACAGGACACUGAGCUGAUUCAUCCAAUCACAAUGUACUUCCUUUCCCUUCCCUUUUCCCCCCCUUUCUCUUCUCGUUUUUCCCCCUUUCCUAUCUCUUAUCUCCUAUUUUCCCUUACCCAUUUCCCCUCCCCCUCCCCUUUUCCCAUCUCUUUUUUACCCUUUCUUUGCUCCUUUUCCAUUCUCUUAUCUCCCUUUUUUCCUCUUGUUCUCUUUUUUCUUUCUCUUUUUCCAUAAUACUGUAUUAAUACAGUUACUUAUGCAGUCCUCACCAAAUGAAAGUAGUCAUCGUUUUCCCCUCAUAUUUUAUUUUAUAUUGGACAUUGCCUGUUAAUCUCAUCCCCAAAACUCUUAGACUUUAUAAGAUGCUUCCUUAGAAACGAUUUCAUGUUAGGUUAACAUUGAUUAAAGUUGACAAGAUCACUUUCCCUCUGGAAUAUUCAGAAUCAAAGAUGGCUUUACCUAACAAGUCGCAACAUGAUUAACACCAUCCUUUGUAAAGAGUGCUGUAAAUAUAUAGGAGAGAUAGGUCGUCGCCGUGGAGACAGUUUUAGAGAACACCUCUAUAAUAUAAAUAGAAAAACCCUUUGUCUAUUUUCCAAACAUUUCAACACUAACACUAUAUUGGAAUUUUAGACAUUGCAGUUACUGGUAUACUGCAUACAAGUAAAACACCAGAUAGGAUUUAUAUUGAAAAUAAAUUAAUAAGCUAUGAUAAGAUAUUUUUAUUGAUCCAAAUAAAUGGAAAUUUGUUUUUGACAUUCAUCAUACAUAUUUCCUUCAGCCCUUGAAAUGUUUGAGUUUUCCGUAAAUUUCCGUUGUUCCUUAAUAUUAGUCUGUAGCCAGACAUUCGGCCUGAAAGUGUGCGGUAAGAGUAACUCUUGAGUGAGAACAGUCUUGGAUUUUUGUUUGAACGGAGGUUUUCUUCUCCAAAAUCAGGGAACGUCUUUUUUCUGUAGUCGAUUUGUCUUUAAAUGGUUGUUUUGAUCUUGCCAUUUGUAUACAAGAUGGCGUCUCAAUUUUUUCCAAUAUGGCGGCUACUGAUUUGUCUUGGUGUAUGGCAACGAUGUCCAAAAAAUUCAUGUAAUCGCUGUUCAUCGCGGUAAACAACACAAGAUUAUCAGUAAAAGCAGAUAAAAUACAUUCAACACACCUUGAUUCAAAAAAAAAAAAAACGAUAAAUCCUUUAAACUACUGGGUAUUACAAAAUACUGAUUUGUCUUGGUGUAGGGCAACAAUGUCCAAAAAAUUCAUGUAAUCGCUGUUCAUCGCGGUAAACAACACAAGAUUAUCAGUAAAAGCAGAUAAAAUACAUUCAACACACCUUGAUUCAAAAAAAAAAAAAACGUUAAAUCCUUUAAACUACUGGGUAUUACAAAAUCUGAAAAAACAUGCACAGAUGAAAUCGAGUAACCUGCAGAGCGGCGCCCCGGAAGUAUUUAAUACGUUGACUCCAUAUGGUAAUAAACCAAAUCCACAAUUUUACGUAGCUGCCAUGUCUUUUUUCUGUUUGUUUUUUUAAAUUUUACUUCCACUCACUUCCUUUUCGUUCUUCUUAACUUUGUUUUUGUCUGGGUUUUCGCCCACUCUUAUUCUUUUCAAUUUUUUAGGUAGGAUACAUGUAAAUAUAUAUAUUGUGUAAAUUUAAAUUUAUAAUUAUUUAAAUGCUUUUUUUUUUAUUGAUAAAGGCAUUUGCUGAAACGUUUACUUUUGCAUUUUGUGAAAUUUUCACUAAAGCUGAGCAUAUAUCAGACCUGUUUACUCUUACGAUUUUGGCGUACAAUGUACGAUUUUGAGGUGUAGAGAUUGUAUAUACUGUAUGUUUUUUUUUACUAUGAAUAUAACAUAUUAAAUGACUUUGUGAUGAUAUUGUACGAUUUUAAGAGUUUGAGGGUGAACAGGUCUGAUAUAUUGUUUUAGUGACAAAAAUUGUUUGUGUCUAAUUAAUCAUGAUAGGUUAGAAUAAUUCCUACCAAGUGGUGUCUCAUGUUAGAAUACAAAUAAUGCAAUUGCAGAACUGAAUUAAAAAAAAAAUAAUAAUUUAGUGGGUUACACUUAAGUGGUAAAAGAUCCACUUGGCUGAAGAGGCUAAAAUUGUUGACAAUAUUGCUUAUAUUUUAAAAUACAGACAGGGCAAUAUAGCAGCUUUGAAGAUUUCCAAUCGGAUAUGGAGUUGAUCAGAACUAAUUGUUACCUGUACAAUAGUGAAGGUACAAAGGUCAGACGAGACUGCGAUGAAGUCAUGACCUUUUACUUGACAGAACUCUCCAAACUUCAAGAAAAACAAGUAAAUAAGGUCGGAGUUGUCAAUCAUUCUUGUAACAUAAGAUUUGAUCUGGUUUGUUAUUUAUAUCAGUUGUAUGUAAGGUAAAGAUCAUUGGUAUUAAAUAAAACAAAUUAGUAUGGAAUUUUAGUACCGGUACAAAUUCUAGUUCUCAUGGCAGCCAUACAAUAAGAAUCUACUGUAUUUCACUAAUUUCAGUAAAUAAAUGGACCAUUACUAGGUACCAUUGCUUUUACUUUUUUUUACUUUGCUUCUUCUAUUUCUUAUUAAGUGUUAACAUUUUUAAUUGUGUUGACAUUUGAGAAUAAGUCUUUAUUGAAAUAAAUAUUAUUUCAUGACAUUAUUAUUUGAUCAUUUUUUUUAUCCACAGGCCUUCAUGCCUAAUGCAUCACCUUUGAAAAAGCCUAGAGUGGAAGAAAAAAGUGUUCCCAAGCCUUAGAUUUCUUUGCAUUGAUUGCUAAUUACUGUGCAACAUUGUAGCUUAUAUUGCCUAUGUUUGAAAUGCCACAGUCAAUAAUUUUUUUAUUUUUUGAAAAAUAAUUGCAAAAAUAAACCUUGUAAUAAAGUUGAGCUUGGAAGAAUAUAUAAAAUAGAAUGAAACAGCAGUGCUAAUGGAGAAAGAGUAUUUACAAAAAUCUAUUUUAGGUAUUUAUUAUUAUUAUUUUUUUUUUUAAAUACCAUCAGACUAAAAGUAAUCAAAAAGCCAAAUUUAUGGUAAGUCAGUCUCUUUGUAAAAGUAAUGUGAUGCAAUUUAUUUACUCUAAGAUUAUAAUAUCUAAGUUUUACUGAAAUGUAAUGCUUGUGGCUUAACAUAAUUUAUCUAAUUUAAAGACCAAUUAAUUUUUAAAACUAUUUUGAAAAUUAUUUUCAAAUACACACUUUUUUUUCUGAAUUGCUUUCAUGUGGAUGUAAGUGAAUUAAAGCAUAUAUCUCACAAUCAAAAAACAGAAUAGCUGAAAGAGAUAUCCAAAACUGUAGAAGAAAAUUUAAUUAUUAGGAAUUUUUAUUUCUAUGAGAAUUUUGGCCUGGUGAUGUAUAUAAUUUUAAACAAAAACUUUGUUUAUUUAUGUGACAAAGAAUAAAGGGGACUUUUUUUUUUUCUUUCUUAACUAAAUGAGGUGAUAUAUGUUGGACUUAAAUAAUUCAUUUAUAGUACUUUACAAAGUGCAACUAAUGUUUGGAUGUGAUGAAUGUUGACAUUGUAAAUUUGUACAUAUGUAGACCUUUAAAUAUUUAUGUACUUUGUUAAUAUUGUUAAAUAAAUUUCAAUGUACUUAGCCAUGAAAAUAAACUAUGGUUUAUUUAUAAACUUGAUGUAAAUCUUUUUUUUUAUAUUACAUACCGGUUUUAUUCAUAGAAAUUUAUUUGAUAAGC